ACGUCACAACUCUCGCGAGAUGAGACUUGUGGCGUCCGGAUUAGCUGUCAGACUGGAGCCUAGCAGCGGGACAUUAAUGGCGUUACUGGACGUUUCAGCAGCGAACCGGGACUGUGGGUUGUGUUAAGAAAAUCGCUGGGUUGCAUUUGUGUUGCUGACCUUCAGACUAUACAUGCAUUAAAUGCAUAUAAGUGCAUUUUGGAUGAUAACAUUUGGAAAGGUUGAUUCAUUAUUUCCACAAUGGAGAAUCCUGUGAAGGAGAGAAAAGUAUUUAUCAGGCUACUUGGGCAUUCUUCAAUUUUCAUGAUGUAUACAGUAAAUUCACAGCCUCAUAUGUAUUUUGCUGUUGUCGGUUCAAAGGAUCAGUGUCCCUGAGCUCUGUCACCACCUACCUUGUCACCAUGAGUGCAGCUCUCUGGGGGCAAGAGAAAAGCAGCUCUUCUUACUGGGAGGAGCGUAUUUUUUACUUGCUGCUCCAAGAGGCCAGUGUGCUUGAUAAACAAACCCAAAAGCAAAUCAAAGUUCCCAGAGGCAGCAUUGGCCAGUAUGUUCAGGAACGAUCGGCCGUGGCACAUAGCAGGGGCAUAACUUCCUCUAAAAGCAAAAAGUUGCAGAUAGCACUGAAGAUCCUGGAUCAGUCUCAUGCUCUCUUGAUUAUGGAUGAGAAAGAAGUUUAUGAAAUCGGGGAAAAAAUGGCUGAGUUGCUUUUAGCCAUUACAAACUGUGAGGAAAGGUACAGCCUCUUCAAGAAUAAGGCAAGACUUACGAAAGCCAUGCAGAUAGAGCCUGGCUCUGCAGUGCGGGUGUGUUUAAGGCCUGGAGAAAUCUUUCCUGGAGUUGUACGUUACAGGGGACCUUUGUUACCAGAUAGGUCUCCCAAUGGGAUAUGGUUUGGAGUAGAGUUACUGGAAGAUGGACGGGGCCAAGGUUUUACAGAGGGCUCCUACCAGGGCAAGCAACAUUUCAGAUGCGAUGAAGAAUGUGGAGUGUUUGUAGCUGUAGACAAGUUAGAGCUAUGUGAGGAUGACGAUGAGGACAUUGAGAGUGAUUAUGCAUCUCCUGCAGACAACAGUCAGUCAGAGAUCCCUCCCCUAGAGAUCAAUUCCAGAGUGUCUUUAAAGAUUGGGGAGGGUAUGGAGUUUGGAACUGUUAUAUUUUGUGAUGUUCUGCCUGGAAAAGAAAGUCUUGGAUACUUUGUUGGAGUUGACAUGGACAACCCUAUAGGAAACUGGGAUGGAAGAUACAAUGGAAUUCAACUCUGUAGCUUUGCAAGUGUUGAGAGCACCCUUCUUCUCCAUAUUAAUGAUAUAAUUCCAGAGUCCAUAACCCAGGACAGGAGACCUCUGAAAUUAGCAUAUAUGUCGAGAUGUGGCAGCGAAAAAAACUUGUCCAGUCAUAGCAAACCAAAGGUUACAGCAGGAUCUACCUCGGAGUCAGGAAGCCGGACACGUUCAGAAUUUUUUUAUACGUUAAAUGGAAGUUCGGUUGAAACGCAACACCAGUCAAAGUCAAAAAAUACUUGGUACAUGGAUGAAGCCCGUGAAAGAUCCUCCAGGGGAAGUUCUGGUGUUCAGGAGAACAGCCGCUGUGAGACUGUUGAAGACUCUGCAAAAUCGCUAACAGAUUCAUCCCAUGCUGCGUUUGGGCAUUGUUCUCCUCCUCUUCAACCUUCUGCAAGUAGCAGUUCUCCUGGUGAAAACAGAUUCCACUCCUUGCCCUUCAGCCUCUCUAAAAUGUCCAGUACCAAUGGAACAAUGGGUCAUACCCCCCUCUCUUUGUCUGUGCAGUCUGUUAUUGGAGAGCUUAACAAUGUAUCCCUUCAGGAUAUCCCACCUAGGUUUACUCAUAUAUCAAACUUACAUGGUCUAGAAGUGGGUUCAUUGGCUGAAGUUAAGGAGAACCCUCCUUUUUAUGGGGUGAUCCGCUGGAUUGGCCAGCCUGCAGGAGUUAAUGAGAUGCUAGCUGGACUAGAACUGGAGGAUGAAUGUGCAGGAUGCACAGAUGGCACUUUCAAAGGGACAAGAUAUUUCACUUGCGCCCCUAAAAAAGCACUUUUUGUAAAGCUAAAGAGUUGUCGGCCAGACUCUAGGUUUGCUUCGCUUCAACCAGUCUCCAACCAGAUUGAACGAUGUAAUUCUUUAGCUUUUGGAGGAUACUUGAGUGAGGUUGUAGAAGGGAACACACCUCCAAGAACAGAAAAGGAAGGACUAGAAGUGAUGAUAGGGAAGAAAAAAGGGAUCCAAGGACAUUACAACUCUUGCUAUCUUGAUUCAACAUUAUUCUGCCUUUUUUCAUUCAGCUCCGUAUUAGACUCAGUUCUCCUGAGACCUAAAGAGAAAACAGAUGUGGAGUAUUACAGUGAAACUCAAGCACUUUUAAGGACAGAAAUAGUGAAUCCUCUGAGAAUAUACGGAUAUGUUUGUGCAACGAAAAUUAUGAAAUUAAGAAAAAUUUUGGAAAAAGUAGAGGCGGCAUCAGGAUUUACAUCUGAGGAAAAAGAUCCAGAAGAAUUUUUAAACAUUUUGUUUCAUCACAUACUGAGGGUGGAUCCAUUGCUGAAAAUAAGGUCAGCAGGUCAGAAGGUACAGGACUGCUACUUCUACCAGAUUUUCAUGGACAAGAAUGAAAAUGUUGGGGUCCCCACAAUACAACAGCUUUUAGAGUGGUCCUUUAUCAACAGCAGUUUGAAGUUUGCAGAGGCUCCCUCUUGUUUAAUUGUCCAGAUGCCUCGGUUUGGCAAAGACUUCAAAAUGUUCAACAAAAUAUUCCCUUCCUUGGAUUUGAACAUCACAGAUUUACUGGAAGACACUCCCCGUCAGUGCCGCAUAUGUGGAGGUCUUGCUAUGUACGAAUGCAGAGAGUGCUACGAUGAUCCAGAUAUUACUGCAGGGAAAAUUAAGCAGUUUUGCAAAAUAUGCAACACCCAGGUUCAUCUCCAUCCUAAAAGGCAGCAUCAUAAAUUCAACCCAGUGUCUCUUCCUAAAGAACUCCCAGACUGGGACUGGAGACAUGGAUGUAUACCGUACCAGAAGAUGGACUUGUUUGCUGUAUUAUGCAUUGAGACCAGUCACUAUGUGGCAUUUGUUAAGUAUGGCAGGGAUGAUUCUUCUUGGGUUUUCUUCGACAGUAUGGCUGAUCGGGAUGGUGGCCAGAAUGGGUUUAACAUCCCACAAGUCACUCCGUGUCCAGAGGUUGGAGAAUACCUGAAAAUGUCCCUUGAAGAACUUCACGCCUUAGAUUCUCGAAACAUACAGGGCUGUGCAAGGCGGCUCCUGUGCGAUGCCUAUAUGUGCAUGUACCAGAGCCCUACUAUGAGUUUAUACAAGUAAACAGAUAUUUUGUUUAACACACACACAGAAAUGGUUGUUUGUACUGUAAGCCCCCUUUUCUGUCAGCGUAACCUGCCAGGGCAAGCCAUUUUAACACACUAAAUGUGUUCUUGUGUACUGGUUAGCAACUUGGCUAUUAGGCUAAUUUUCAUAUAUUUAAUAAGACUUUUUUGCACUUCCAAAGAGUUUUUUGUUUUUUUAACUUUGCAGAAUGUAUCAGACAGGGAGUUGAGUGAGGACUAAAGCGUUAAGUUAAGUGACUCAUGAUGAACAAAAAAUAUAUAUUAAACAGCACAAAUUGAAAGCACUGUUUUGUUUACAGCAUUUAUUUGCAAACGUUAGGCUGUUUUCUGUUCCACAAUUUCUACAGUAUUAUCUUGGUUCCCAUGGAUUGUUGCACGUUGGCAUCAUGGCUGAGGAAUGUAGCACAAUAACUCCUAUAGCCAAUAAUGGUUUUGCUGUUUUGCUUGCUAAGAUAUAAAUUAAAAGCUGCAAAACAGCCUUUGUACCUACUAGAAACAGAGAUGCUUUUUCUGCUUUCUCCUGUUUUUAACAUCAUUAACUGUUCUUGGUCCAGUCUGGUAACUUCUCAAAGUAUACUAGUAGGGUUUAAUGAAAUUUGCAACUAUGUCAACAUAGUUCUAAGACAUAUACCCCCAGCUCUGUGUAUCAAGGAGACUGACUAAUAGGCCUGCACUGAUUUUUAUUUAAUAUACCAGUAACAUUAAAAAGCGAAAAUAUUUUAUUUACAUUUAAUGUUUGUAUCUGAUUAUCCAGCACCUACAAAUAACCUCUUUCUAGGCUACAACCAUGUCAGGUUUUGAGUCUGUAUAUCCUGUAGAGAGCCAUGAAUAGCAUUCGGCUUCUGUUUAUCUCUCUGUGUAAGAACAAAACCCAUCGUAUUUUAUAGCGCUUAUCUGUUAUCUCUUGUGUAAACAAGUGCCUUUUUGCCCUAUUCCACUUGAAUGGCUGGCCCUGUGGCUAUACAGCAACAUAUUUAUAUAAACUGUUGUAAUGUUUCUGAAGCAAACGCUAUAUUUAAAUGCUUAUAAAACAUUUUCAUUUUUUGGUGUUACUGUUCUUUUAAUGGUAAAAUGUUGUUGGUUUUCUUGCCCUAAAUAAAAAUCGGUACUGACUGAU